UUACUAGCGUCUGUCACGUGAGGGUGGGGGUUGCAGAGGAGUAGCUGCUAGGGGCGUGCGGGAGAAGAGACCGAGAUCCUUCCGCCCCGCACGGCAGCGCAGCCGAGUAACAUGGAGGGGACGCUGGAGCAGCACCUGGAGGACACAAUGAAGAAUCCUUCAAUAGUUGGAGUCCUUUGCACAGAUUCACAAGGCCUGAACCUUGGCUGUCGUGGAACCCUUUCAGAUGAACAUGCAGGUGUGAUAUCAGUUCUAGCCCAGCAGGCAGCCAAACUAACUUCAGAUCCUACUGAUGUUCCUGUUGUGUGUCUGGAGUCAGAUAAUGGGAACAUCAUGAUCCAGAAGCAUGACAGCAUCACUGUGGCAGUGCACAAAAUGGCAUCUUGACCCUUCAUACAUCUGCUUGGUUCUUUUCCACCCUUGGAGCAACUCCUUGUUGUUGGACUGAUCUAUUUCCUCUGCUGAUCAUAUCCAGAAAGUGCUUGCAGAACUAAUUUUGGGCCAAUCUUAAAUAUGUGGUAGCUUCCCUUAUUUAAACUAGUACUGUACUUCAGUCAGGGUCUUUAACUUCCAGCACAGCCCAGAACUUACUGUCAAGCAUGGACUGUGGUUUAACUUACCUUGUGUAAUGAUCAAAUAUCCUAACCUGUGGCCUUACUUGUUGAAUUCAAUAAAUUAUCUGAGAUGAAAUACA